AUGGCUGUUGAAGCAGGCUUUCCGUGGCAGGCGCCAUCUAGAGAUCCUGAAAAGACCGAAAUGGUACUACCAGAGAGCACCAAUGUUCCUCCACCGCAUUCCAUCAAGCAAGAGGCAGAACCAACCUCCCCUACAAAGACUGCAGCGCCGCAUCAGCAUUCCCAGCUUUGGAAGAAUAGCAACUCGCAAGGGAAGCAUCGGCAUGGUUCAGCCAAAGGGCCUCUGCGAACGGGUAUAACAACUGCAUUCAACACUCCGUCAGAGUCCGCCAGAGCCAAACUAACAUCUCCCCUUCCAGUACGAACCAUUCCUCCUUGGGUAAGAGAUGCGGACGAAGAUGAUCUGAGCGAUCCUCAAUUCCAGAGCCCGGACACUCCACACGCAGCCCUGGUUGCGCAACAUCACCACAGCCCGUCAACCGCGAGGAGGGCCCUUGUAUCCAGCCGGCAGUCUCAAGAGGAGGACUAUUCUACCCCAUCGGGCAAAGCGAGAGCUCCGCGAACUUCGAGAUGGAUGUCCUUCGCCCAGCCUAGUGCCUACCCUCGUGAGAACUUCAACAGUGAAAAGGUGGACCCGGAUUGGCUCAACCAGAAUUUUACUGACUAUUCAAAAACGUGGCUUGCAGACCACGACGAUGACGAUGUCGAGGAUGGCAGUAGCCGUUAUCGUGCGUUUCGCAGAAAGAGACAAGUGUGGUAUAAACGCGCCCAGUUCUACAUCCUGCGAAACCCAUUUAUUCCUCUUGCUUUCCGAUUGACAGUGUUGUCUUUCGCCAUCGUCGCUCUGGGUCUGGGCGCGUCGAUUUACCAUGAAACUGGCAAGAUCACCGAGUGCAUCAAACAAGCACCAGAGCGGCGCAGUGCCGAGUGUACGCAACGCGUCGGUCCUACGGCCACAGACUAUUAUCGAGAUCCUUCAGGCUUGAUGGCGGUGAUAGUAGACGCCAUUGCCAUUGGCUACACCGUAUACAUCACCUAUGACGAAUACUUUUCAAAACCUCUGGGAUUACGGCGUGCAAGAGCAAAAGUCCGACUGAUGCUACUUGAUCUGUUCUUUAUUGUGUUUCAGUCGGCAAACCUGAGUCUAAGUUUUGAAUCCUUGACGGUGGAUGAAGGUGCUUGCAAAACUGGCGAUUCCGCGAGGACGACAGGCAGAUUCGAGAGCAUCUGUGACAGAGCAGAGGCCUUGAGUGGUGUGUUGUUGGUGUCACUUACAGCAUGGUUGAUGACAUUUUCCGUUAGCGUCUUGAGGCAAGUAUAUCCAUACCGACCGCUCUAG